AUGUUCAGUUUCAAAUUUGACCAAUCCUCUCAACAACAACAAAACACAAACAAUUUAUUUAAUGGUUUUGGUUCUGCACCAACUAUUACUAAAACACAAUCUUCAGACACAUUACACCCUUUUCAAAAUCCUUUUGUUUUUCCUAUGAAAAGUUCAAGUAUUAUUAGUGGUGAUAAUGCAAUUAAAGAAAAAGAACAAGCCCAAACAAAAGAGUUACAUACUGAAAUAAAACCAAAAACUAAAUUAACGAAUUAUGAACCUGAAGAUGGUCAAUUUAUAGACUGUGAUGACGAUGAUGAUGACUGUAGUAGUAUUUCAAUGAAUGAUGAUAGUUCUACAUCAGCAAGUGAAAUAGAAAUAGGAGAAAAGAAAAAAGAAGAUAAUGUUAACAACGUUAGCAUUGACCAAUUAAUGAAAACUAGUAUAAGUCCUGUUGGACUUCAAUUUAACCCUGGACAAACCAAUGACUUUAAACCAGAAUUCCAAAUAGCACCACGAAACUUUUCAGAACAAAGUAUUGAAAAACCAACCAAUGACCAACAAACAAAUGGUUUUGCUUUUACUUUUCAACAAGAAUGUAAAACGAAUACAAUUUCUUCCCAACAACAAAAUUCAUUCCUUUUACAAACUAAUGGAAAUCUUUCUAAUCAACACCAAUCAGCUCCAUUUGGAUUUGUCCAACCAACAACUCAAUUCACUUUUUCAAAUAUAAAUUUAAUGACAAGUAAUGACAAAAGGAAAGAAAAGAUAGACAAAAUAGUAGACAAUUACCUUGGAAAAAAAAUAACACCAUUUGAUGAAGAAAAAGAUAAAGAAAUUAUUCAGAAGCUAAGAGAAAAGAAUGUCUCAUUAAUUAUUGAGCCAGACUUUAUUAAAGUUGUAGGAGAAAAAUACUACAAUAUGAUAAAAAAUGUUAAUACUCUUGAUGAGUUAAAUGCCAUUAUUAAACCAAUGGUAGAAAGUCUUGGUGCUCAAUGGGAAGAAUUUAUUUCUUUAUUUAAAUAUAGUACACCAGAAGAUUUAUUUGAUCAUCUUAUACAAUCAAUGAAUUAA